AAGUUAAUCACACCUUGACAACAUUGACCUAACCUUGACCUUUCGGCAGUGUGAGAGAAGAUGGCUUCAAACUCGAGAUUCGGACACAUAGACAUUGCUCCUCCUAUCGAAGUGUUUGCUUUGAUAGCUGAAUACAAUAAAGAUGAAUAUCCAGAUAAGGUCAAUGUCAGUGUAGGAGCUUACAGGACUAAGGAAGGCAAACCAUGGGUGCUACCAGUUGUACGAACAGUUGAAGCCCAGAUGGCAUCAGAUCAAACUCUGAACCACGAGUAUCUCCCUGUAGCAGGAUUACCAAGUUUUAGAGAAGCUGCCUGUAGGCUAAUUUUGGGUUCUGAAGAUGUUGACUAUACAAGAAUUGGUGGUGUACAGGCAUUAGGUGGCACAGGAGGUAUACGUUUAUGUGCUGACUUUACAAAGAAAUUCCUUGGCUGUGAUACUGUUUAUGUUUCUAAACCAACUUGGGGUAACCACAAGGGAGUAUUUAAAGCUGCAGGAUUUUCCAACAUUGUUGAGUAUCGUUACUGGAAAGCAGAAACUUGCAGCCUUGAUAUUGAUGGCAUGUUACAAGAUUUAGAGGGAGCCCCACCAAAUUCUGUGGUAAUCCUUCAUGCAGUAGCCCAUAAUCCCACUGGUGUUGACCCAACCCCCGAUCAGUGGGAGACGAUUGCAGAUUUGUGUGAAAGGAAAAACAUGUUUGUACUAAUGGACUGUGCCUACCAGGGCUUUUCUACGGGCGAUUUGGACAAAGACGCCUAUUCAUGUAGACUUUUCUAUAAAAAAGGAUUUGAAUUCUUCAUUGCACAGUCGUUUAGUAAAAAUUUUGGACUCUACAACGAACGUGUGGGUAACUUGUGUGUUAUAGCAAAGGACUCUGAGAGUAAGGUUAAAGUCCUAUCACAGUUAGAGUUGAUUGUACGUACCACAUACUCAAAUCCAGGAAACCAUGGAGCAAGAGUUGUAGCCACUGUUCUAAACAACCCAGCAUUGAACGGGGAAUGGAAAGAAAACAUUAGAACAAUGGCAGGCCGUAUAUUGGGAAUGAGAGAUCUACUUCAUCAGAAGUUAAAGGCGAUCGGUUGCCCUGGUAACUGGGAUCAUAUAAUUCAGCAGAAGGGAAUGUUCAGUUAUACAGGUCUUAACGAACAACAGUGUGAGAAGUUGAAGAAGGAUUAUCAUAUAUACAUAAUGAAAUCAGGGAGAAUCAACAUGUGUGGUCUCACGCCAACCAAUAUGGACUACGUUGUCAACGCAAUAUUCACCGUCGUAUCUGGAAAACAAGAUUCUAAAAUAUAGGUCAAAGGUGAAAUAUCAUCAUUUAGACCUUUUGGAAAAAAAAUUAAAAAAUGUAAUAAACUAAGACUCACAGAAAAACUGUAGCAAAACCUUUAUGUAUGACCUUUGAAAGGGUAACCGUGAUUUGUUAUGUGGUCUUUAAACAGAGUGUGAAUGCAGGUUAACACAGGUUUGACUUGAAAAUAUUAUUUAGUUAAAAAAAAACAGUUUAACCAGUGCUUUUAGAUAUUUAUAGGAAAAAAUAUGUUGACACUUUUACCUUUUGGAAUGAAUUGCUUGUGUUUAGCAUAGACGGUCAACUCACAUGCUUAUACUUUAUUUAAUGCCUCUUCCUCCUUGGUUAAGUGAGUUUUUUUUUUUUUAAUUUUCACAUUUGCAAGUAGACAACCAAUGUUAAUGUAUUUUUGUUGUUUCGAAAAACUAUUGGAUAUACAAGAUUUUUAUCAUGAAAUGUGCAUAUAUGCAAGCAUUCAACUGUUUAAAGGAGAAAAAAAAUAUUCAAUUGUGUGUUCUCCGCAUUUUUUGUGGAAUUUUUUGUUACUCUUUUUGUUGUUGUUUUUGAUUGUUUUUAAAGCUGUAAUGGAGAAACUAUUUAGGCUAUGAGAAGUGUGGUGAUUUUUUUUAUUUACAAGUUUUGCAAGCUGAAAUAUUGUGAUAUAAACAUAAAAUUGCUGAAAACACAUGAUGGUUAUCUAUUCUUAAUGGCAGUUGUCAAUCCAGGAUGAACUGUGCAUUUAAGU